AACCCGCCACUUCCUGUGGUUGAUCGGGCUGGCCCCGCCCAUCCCUGGGUAGCUUGGAGUCGGACUACAUUUCCCAGAAGGGUCCGCGGCUGGGCCGGCCGCCCCCGCAGCGGUUCCAGCCCGACCCAGAGGACCGGAGCCAGCCUCCUGUUCGCAGGGUCUGAGGUGGAGCGGCAGAAAGAGCGGAUGCUGUCUGUCUGAUAUCCCCCGGUCCCUGAGAGCGCCGUGGACUGGCCUCGAAACUCGCUCUUUCAAACGCAGACGGCUCGCUCCGAGUGGGGAGACCAUGCCUUGGGACCGGAAACGAGGCCUACGUCACAGUGCCGGAGGCACCUGGCCUCCCGGCAGACACCACGUCCCCGCCGCCCUCCCGAGUGACGGCGGCGCGCACCCAUGGUCACCGACAGCCUGAGAGGGCUCUCCGAAAGGCGAGGCCAGGGUUCUGUCACUCGCGCCAAGUUUCCCGGUGUUUCCCCGAGCUCGGGUCCCUGAGUCGGUCCCAGCGAGCGCCCCUUGGGUCGCAGAGCCCAAAGAGCUUGGCUCUCUGGCAGAUUUCCCUCUUUAAGAGUUGGCUGUGGAACCCCCAGAAACGAGUGUGGUCUGUGGUUGCAAGGCAUGAUGGCUGCAAAAGUGGCUCCUAUGCCCCCCAAAUCAAAGCAGUCCUUUAUAUUGAAAGUUCCUACCAACUCCAAGCUGGGCCAAGACCUCCAUCGAGAUACCACGAGUGUGCCCAAGAGCAUCCACCAGCUGGUGCUGGAACACUUCGUCACCUUCUUGCCCAAGCCAAGUGUGGCCCAGCCCAGUCAGAAAGCUGCGGAGACCUUGGUUGUCCUGAAGGAUGUGAGCGCGAGCCUUCAGAGAAGAGUGCGUUCUCACCCCUUAGUGAAGCUUCUGCCCAGAGGAGUCCCACAGAAACAGGAGACACUGUCUCUGCGUUUGAAAGCUGACCCGAAGGAACUGGUGGUCUUUGAGGAUUUGAAUAUAUUUCACUCCCAAGAAGAAUGUGUAAGCCUGGAUCCUGCUCAGCACUCCACCUCAGAGAAGGAAGAGCAUAGUGAUGUUGGGGAGAUGGUGUUACUAGUCGGUGACAGUAGCCCUGAAGGUGAAGAUCUUCAGAAGGAACCUGCAGAGAAUGAGGAGUAUAGACAAGAGUCUGGAGAUUAUGAUGAAAUAGGUUGUUCUUUGGUCUCUAAGCAACCUCUAGAUUGCUGUGAGGAAAGAGCACUAAAUACAUUCAUUCCACAGAAAAGGAAAGUGAGAAAUCUUUUAGUUACCAUUGAGAAUGAUACUUCACCAGAAGAACUCUCAAAAUAUGUGGAUGUCAGCAUUACUGCCCUAACUCAAAACCGCAAAACAAGGAAAUGGUACACCUGUCCACUGUGUGGGAAACAGUUUAAUGAAAGUUCCUACCUUAUUUCCCAUCGGAGGACUCACACUGGAGAAAAACCCUAUGACUGUAGCCACUGUGGGAAGAGCUUCAAUCAUAAAACAAACCUCAAUAAACACGAGCGAAUCCACACAGGGGAAAAACCGUAUUCCUGUUCUCAGUGUGGGAAAAACUUCCGUCAGAAUUCUCAUCGGAGUCGCCAUGAGGGGAUCCACCUAAGGGAGAAGAUACUUAAGUGUCCAGAAUGCAGGAAAACCUUCCCCAAGAAUGAAGAAUUGCUGCUUCACCUACAGAGUCAAGAGGCUGAGAAGCCACACAGUUGCAAAAAAUGUGGGAGAAGAUUUGGUCGGCUGUCAAACUGCACCCAACACGAGAGAACCGCCCCCACAUGCAAGGCCAGGAAGCAAAAAUGAGAUCAAGAACGAGCUGAUUGUUCCACCUGAGCCUGACAAGCUGCAUAAGCAGUUCUGGAUUCGCCAGCUGCCAAAAUGCGAUACAGACACUGGAAAGCCUCAUUGUAGCCAAAAUUGGAUAAAUCCCCAUCUUGGCUAAAGUUCAGAUUGUUGGAGAAUUCACAGGGAAGGAAACAUCCUCAAGGGCUAUUCCUCAGCAUCAAGGCUUUUGGACUAAGCUUUCUUUCAUGAAAUUGUGCACAUUGCAUAGAUUACAGAUCCCCCUCCCAAGAAAGACUUUAAAUGUUUCUGAAGGCUGCUAAGCUGUGUGUGAACAGAGUAACUUGUGUCUGUUCAAAGUAUUUCCAGUCUUUUGUCACACGGUAAUUCACUCAAAAAGGGAAUGCAGAGAUCUUUAUCUGGAACUAUAUUCCCCUGAAAGAACAAAACUACUGAUGUGUAAGCUAGCAGCUUUUAGUAACGAUUCAUAUAACCUCAGAACACCCUGUGAAGGCUUGAGUAUUGAAAAGAGUUGUUUACUUAGAAUAUCAGAAAACUACAGAAGUUCAGUGUCAGAGGACUUAGUCUCAUUUGUAUGUAGUCUAAACUUAAUAACAUUUGUGAUUUGUGGUGAAAACUAUUUUACAGAAAUCCUUUCAUAACAUAAUUGAAGUGUCUGUUGUGAGUUCUCUGUUACCUCUCAAUAGCUGUCUCAUGCCCUCUCUUGCCAAAAGAGGUUUGAUGUGCCUGGGUCUGGCAGUCUGGCAUUCAGCCCCACCCCUGACAAAACUUUUCAGAUUCUUGUCCCUCUGCUGAGGCACUGUUUUAUCUGCUAAGAAGGAAACACCAAGAGCCUGAAGAGAAGUGAUAGAUGUGGAGGCAGGAAGACCUCAGCCAGGG